AAAUCUGCAGGGGAACUUUGAGCCGUGGAUUCUGAACAGAUAGCCUCUUUAUUUGUUUUAUAGUUAAAACAAUUCGCGCUGUUCGACAGGAGUGCAGAGGAAAUGUCCCUUCGCUACAAAAACAAAGUGGUUAUUGUGACUGGAGGAUCCAAAGGAAUUGGCAGAGGGAUCGUCAGAGUGUUCGUGGAAAAUGGAGCCGAAGUGGUGUUUUGUGCACGAGGAGGUCAGUUUUGUGCAGCAGGUGAAGCUCUGGAGGCGGAACUUAACAUGGAAGGGCCAGGCUCGUGCACGUUUGUCAGCUGUGACAUGUCCAAGGAGGAGGACAUUCAGAGACUGAUCAGAGUCACAGUGGAGCUUUAUGGACACAUUGACUGCCUGGUCAACAAUGCAGGCUGGCACCCUCCUCAUAAACCCACAGAUGAAACCACAGCAGAGGAGUUCAGAGAUCUGCUCAACCUGAACCUCGUCAGCUACUUCUUGGCUUCUAAAUUUGCCUUACCAUUCCUGCGCCAGCGUCAGGGAAACAUCAUUAACGUUUCCAGUCUGGUGGGAUCGAUCGGUCAGAAAGAUGCUGCUCCUUAUGUUGCCACUAAAGGGGCGAUCAUCUCCAUGACAAAGGCCAUGGCUGUGGAUGAGAGUCGACACAGCGUGAGGGUGAACUGCAUCUCUCCAGGUAACGUGAUGACACCUCUGUGGGAAGAACUGGCAGCACAGACGCCAAACGCUGCAGCUGCUGUAAGAGCAGGAGAAAAUUGUCAGCUGAUGGGCCGCAUGGGGACAGAGGCUGAGUGUGGACUGGCUGCCUUGUAUCUGGCUGCAGACGCCACGUUCUGCACCGGCAUCGACCUGCUCCUCAGUGGAGGAGCUGAACUAAACUACGGCUUCAAGAGUCAGAUCCUGACCUGACCCCUCUGACCUCCAAGGGAGUCUUAUGGCUUUUUGAGCAGCUGUGGAUUAAUCUUACACUGAGAUGUUCAUUGUUUACAUGACUAAAAUGAACACAAGAAGGAAAAUUGCUAAUCCAGGAUAUUAAAGUGUCCUUUAGGUGUAAUUUUUGGCAUCUAGACUGACUGUAACAGGACCUACAACCCUCCCCAUUGAUCGACCAAUCAGCAAUAACCUCUUUGUCCUACCGUAACCUCUCUGCCUCCCAGCCAAUCAGAUGCCGGGCAUUUGACACGCCUCCACUACCUUUCCUAAUACAACUUUAAUAAAAGCUGAAGCAUAUGCAAUCAU